ACUUUUUUAUUUGAAAGUGGAUAUAUAUAUUUUUUGACAUCUAUGACACUUUUGACACAAAAGUCAUAGAUGUUGUCUACUUUUACAUGUUGUUUUACACCGUGAUUCAAAAUAAUAGUGUUGUUCUAUACGUUUUUAUUUGUCCUGAUCAGGCAUUCUUUCUAUCGGUUGCAUACAUGUGAUAGAGUAAAGGGUAAAAGUUUAAAUGUUGGCUAAAAGAGAAUGAUUGUGCAUGCUUUACAUUAUACAACUAGUUUUUAAACCAGUUGUGUAGAAUUGUUGUACUUUACUGAACAAUUCCAAAACUAGUCUGUUAUCCAACCUACAUAUCUGCCUACACAUUAACUACAGCUGGGCAAAAUGUCGUUAAAAUUAUUAAUAUCAUGAUUAACAUCCGCCACCCAGAUGAGAUGGGUUCCCUUUGGAGUCUGGUCCCUCCAAAGGUUUCUUCCUAAUACCAUCUCAGGCAGUUUUUCCUUGCUGCUGUCAACUCACUGGCUUGCUCAUUAGGGAUACAAUUAUUUUAUGAUGCAAUGUUCCUCAUACUGAAUUAAAUUGGAUCUAUAAUGGCAUGAAACAAAGGAACACGUAUUUUUCGUCCAAAUUGCAAAUCCCGCCUCUAGAGGCCGCUCUCGCACUGUAUAACGCAACCUGGAAAAACUAUCGGUAUGGAUUUUUGCCGAUAGCCAAUAGUUCCAGCAAUUAGCUAUCGGUACCGUAUAAUCGAGAAACUGAUGAAUUGGUCGACCUCUACGUAAAAAGGAGUUUUGGUCACUGUAUGUGAUUUUUCUACUAAUAAAAGUUUCAAUGCACAAUGUGAGAAAAGAAUUGUAGAUCAAACUUUUUUUUAAGGACUGGAUGGUUGUUUUUGAAGACUGUUCGAGAUCAGAUGUUUGUUUCCUGGUGCUCAUGACUUUACAGAUUGACUGGUUUGUGAGUGGGGAGAAAAGUGGGCGGGAGGGUAGAAGAGCUGAAGCCGUUCCUUCCAUUGACACGUCCGUUAGACGCGUGUCCAGGUUUAGUCUUUUUCGUGGCGGUUAUGAGUUCCGCGACACGCUGACGCGCAGAUGGCGGGGGUUUGCUGCAAGAGCACGGCGCCGUUCUGCUCCGCGUUCAAGCGCACUCUGUCGGUGCGCCACCCGGCCCCGAUAUCCACCCCGCGCUCAGCGCCCGCGGCCUGCGCCAGAGGAGGCGCGGGGCGGCGGCGUCGGCGUGGCGGCAGCGCGCUCCUCGGGCGCCCGCUGCACCUCCAUCCCGCCGCCGUCGGCCUUCACCGACCCGCAACAACGCACUCGUUUUGCUCUUCUGUCCAGGAGUCGAUGAGCGACAGCCGGAGAGCGUGCUACAUCUACCUGAACCAGACCAGCAGGAGCUUCGCCGCUGUGAUCCAGGCCCUCGACGGAGAGCUGCGCCAUGCAGUGUGUAUAUUCUACCUUGUUCUUCGAGCCCUGGACACAGUUGAGGAUGAUAUGACCAUUCCUCUGGAGAAAAAAGUCCCUCUCCUGCAUCAUUUCCACACGUUCCUUCACCAACCAGAUUGGUGUUUCACAGAGAGCAAGGAGAAGGACAGACAAGUUCUAGAAGAUUUUCCUUCGAUUUCAGUUGAGUUCCGAAACCUGGCUCAGGAAUACCGGGAUGUCAUUUCGGACAUUUGCCACCGAAUGGGGGUCGGGAUGGCGGAGUUCCUUGAAAAGAAAGUCGACUCGAUGCAGGAAUGGGAUAAGUACUGUCACUACGUGGCUGGUCUGGUAGGCGUGGGUCUGUCUCGGCUUUUUUCCGCAUCGUUGCUGGAGGAACCUGAGGUGGGUCGGGAUACUGAAUUAGCCAACUCUAUGGGCCUUUUUUUACAGAAGACUAACAUUAUUCGAGACUACCUAGAGGACCAGCAGGAAGGCAGAUCCUUCUGGCCUGAGGAGGCUUGGAGUCAGUUUGCCUCUCAUCUGGAGGACUUUGCUCAACCACAGCACCUGAGUUCAGCUCUAGCCUGCCUUAACCUGUUGGUAACUGAUGCUCUGCGCCACGUCCCCGAUGUCAUCGCUUACCUUUCCCGUCUCCGUAACCAGAGUGUCUUCAACUUCUGUGCCAUCCCCCAGGUGAUGGCGAUAGCGACUCUCUCCGCCUGUUACAACAACCCACUGGUGUUUCAGGGGGUGGUGAAGAUCAGGAAGGGGCAGGCUGUUACUCUGAUGAUGGAUGCCACCAGUAUGCAAGCUGUACAGAGCAUGAUAGCCCAGUACAGCCAGGAGAUCCUGCAGAAAGUGUCGCUGUCUGAUCCGUCGCGGGAUAACACACUGUGCAUCCUUGGUGUGAUCCAGGAAAAGACACUUUCCAAGGCGACGUUGCCGGCCCGCUCCCACAAUUUCUCACAUCUUUAUCUUUCUGCCGCUACAAUUUUAGCUUUUUUCAGCUGGCAGUAUCUAAACGCCACUCAGUCUCCGAACAGUGCGGACAUGCAGGGCCGCUGAGUCUGGAUCUCUUUCAGUCAACCCCCAAGCAAACCAACAAGCACAUUAAAGACUGUUAGUAAUGAAUAAAAAAAAUAGCUUUAUAUAUGUCCCUACUGAAAUAUCAGCAUUCUCAUGUUCCCUCUUAUUUGCUUGUCCUCUUUUAUAUCUGCAGCUUGUUUCUAUAAUUUACAUUUAGCAUUAUGUCCAUAUGCAAGUAAAAUAUAUUUCUACAAAGUAAUCAUGCGUUUUAAUGAACAGUUAAAGCAGUUGUAGCUCGACAGAUCACUGUGCAUCCCCAACCAAUGCAAAGAGCAAUAAUAGAUUUAAUUCAAGAGCUAACACCGCAAUACAUUUCCCAACAUUAGCUAGCUAGUCGUUUGUUUUUUUUCUUUCUUAAAAAGAUGGCUAGCUUUUCACUCAUGUUACCUAAUCACGUCCGUGAGGAAAUGUUUUUGUUUUUUGGUGUAUAUUUUUACCAAGCGAGAUUUGUUUGGAAAGUAUUUUCCGUAAACUAGCUGUUUGGGGUUUUCCUCAUGUUAGCUACAAGUUUUUAUAAUACUAGCUAGUUUUGUUUGAGGAUUUUGAAUAAUGUAAGCUGGUUGGAAUAUUCUUUACAUUUUAACUAGCUGUGUGUGUGUGUGUGUGUCUGUGUGUGUGUGAGAGUUUUUACUCAUACUAGCUAGUUACUGUUGUAUAAAUAUUUUCUCCUAAAGGCUAGCUAGCAUUGUUUGUAUUUUCACUGAUCUAAGCUAGUUUUGUUCAGGGAUAUUCAUUUUUUUUGUUUGUUUGGUUUUUUGUUCAGAAAAUAUUUGUUGAGGAAUAUUUUUUUACUUUUUGCUACCCUAGUCUGAGGGUUUCUGAAUAACACCAGCUAGAUAGCAAGCGGUUCUUAUAUGACUAGAUAGUUUAGUUUGGGCAUAUUUUCCUGAAGCUAACCAGCGUUUGUUGGCAAAUCAUCUCACAUUUGUUUGAAGAUAAAUAUUAUUUGCAGAUAAAUUAAUGAGAUCCUGUUAAUUUAAGAUAAGUUUCAGUUUGUCAAGUGUGAAUGUCACUGAUCAUAAAAUGUAUUGAGUGAAAAAAUUGUGUUCUUGCCAAACCUUUUUUCCCCCACAUAGUUGGGUAGAUUGCACUUUUGCAGCAUAUAUUAAAUGGGUCAUGGUUGGUUUAUAUAUUUUGUAGGAACCAAAUAUGAGAUAUUAUAUAUCUGUGAUGAACGGAGGGUUGCAGCAUUUGGCAUGGAAAUUAUGUCCUCAUUAAUGCUUUGUUGUAAACCUAGCUUUGUACAUAAACAAAUGUAAAAAAUUAUAUAUAAUCUUUUUGUAAUAUGGGAAUUUUUUUUGCCUCAAUCAGAAAAAAUUAAAGGGCGCAAAAUCUAAUUUGACAUUAUUGUAUUUAUUUUUGUAGUAAUCUAAUAUGUAGUCACUGAAAAGUGUUAGAACCUGGAAGAAACUUAAAGCUUAUGCAGUUAUAUAAAAAAUUAUGUACUGGAUUGUGAUUUGCUAUUUUUUUGUGAUUAAACAUUAAAACCAGACUAUUCUGAUGAAAUGCA